CAAAUUAGAGGAUUCUGGCGAUAAAUAUGAGAAUGACAAUAUUGAAAUCAUAGAUAUUAGUAAAGACGAUGAAAUUAUAUACAUUGAUGAGGAUGAUAAAAUUAUAUAUAUUGAUGAGGACGAUGAAAUUAUAGAUAUUGAUGAUGAUGAUGAAAUCAUAGAUAUAAUGAAUAUUAGUGAUGAUAUUGAAAUGAUGGAUAUUAGUGAUAAUAAUGAAAUUAUAGACAUUAGCGACAAUAUUGAAAUUAUGGAUAUUAGCAAUAAUUAG